UGAUAUAAACCGUUUUUAUUUACUGUCUGGUCUGUUUACAAUGUUUGAAAAUUUUUUUGUUUUGAAAUUUUGAUUAUUUUGAAAUUUUAUCUUUUUAAUUUGCGUUUUGUAUUCUGAUUUGUUUGUAAUUCUAUCUUUUAAUGUGCGUGUAAUUCGCCGAGUACUGACUAUAAUAGGAUUUAAUUAAAUCUGAACUUUACGUUUUGAUCACCAAGUUCAUAAUGGAUCCUCAACCAAAUUUUGAUCAAUUCUGUCUCAAACGAAUUUUGAUGAACGACACACAACGCAAAAUGAUUGCUGUUGAAGGCAAUUUUAAAGGACUUCCGGAACCUGCUGUUGUUGUUAUGGAAAAAUAUGCUUUUGAUGAAACUUCUGUUUUAAAUGUGUGCAAUGCUCAGACUAAAUUAAAAAAAAAUUUAGAUAAUGAUAUUUAUAAAUCAUUCAGUUGUGUGCCACAAUAUGAUGAAAACAUUCCUUCCAAUAAAAUGGACCUAAUAUACCCUGCAACAGACAAGCAUAUUUUAAAAUUUUCGAGUCAACCCAUGUAUUUUGUGCAAGAAACUGAAGAAAUGUAUCAAACUAUAACUUUACAUCAUAUCUUGGAUAAAAGCUUGUCACUACAAUGGGUAUACAAUUGCUUAGAGUAUAAAUCAGAAAAAGAAAGAAUAACAUAUGAUACGGCUUCUGAAAAUCAAAAAGAUGAUGAAGAUAAUGGCUUUUUACUUUUACCAGACCUAAAAUGGUCCGGUAAAUUGAAUGAAUUGUACUUGUUAGCUAUUAUCAAAAAAAGAUUCAUUAAGUCAUUAAGAGAUUUAACGACUGAUCAUUUACCGUUAUUAAAAAAUAUUUUAAACAAAGGAUCAGCUGCUAUUUAUAAAUUGUAUGGAGUUCAACAAUCUCAAUUACGCACUUAUGUCCAUUAUCAACCAUCGUUCUAUCAUUUUCACGUUCACUUUACAUAUUUGAUGCAUAUACCUCCAGGAAUAAAUGUCGGAAAAGCUCAUUUACUCACAACAAUAAUUAAUAAUAUUGAAAUGCAAGGCAACUACUAUCAAAAAGCCACAUUAGAUUAUACUAUUAAAGAAAGCGAUCCUUUGUUUAAUCAUUUCGAAGAAAAAGGAAUUCUUCGUAAAGCCAAACUUAUUGAUGAAAUUAACAAUGUAUAAGACAAUCGCAUAAUUUUCUAUGUAUUUUAUGCUUCAAAUCAGUCAAUAGUCAACAUUUUGUGUAAUUUAUGUUUUGAUAAAUAUAAUAGAAUGUAUCCAAAUUAUUGUAUUCAUAAUUACAAAUGUGUGAUAUAAGUAUAAAUUCUUAUACUGCUUUAAAAUAUUAAUAAAUAAUGAAAAGUUUUAUUUUUAAAUAAUGAUUAUUAAAUCAGUAUCUACUUUAUAGUUGUAAUAUUUAAAUGGUGCAUGAUGUCAUAACAUAAAAGGUCUUAUUGACUUUUAUGAAUUAAAUAUUAAAUGCUGCAGUAAAUCCUUAUUAUGUAGAUAUUUGCGUAGUCUCGAACUGAAUAGAAAUCACCUUGAAAUAAUUACCAUUACAAUAAAACUCAAAUCUUGAACUUUUUUUUAUUCCUCUUAAGUUUCAACAUAAAAAAAAUUUACUGUACUAAUUUUACAUUAAUUUUGUAUCAUAAUUUAUGGGUUUAUGUUCUUAUGUAACAAGACUCGUAAUUAGUAACUACUAUAAUUAAAUAUGAUAUUCUUGGCUUUUUAAAUAUAAAAUUAUACACUGUAAUUUUUAGUAUAAGGAAUAAUAACGAUAAGUUACAAUAAUAAUUGGUUUUGUGAAAAUUAAAUGGUCUAUUGUA